GAAAUGAUCAACUCAAAUGAAACCACAGAGAGCCAGGUGACUGAAUUCAUUCUCAUGGGCAUCACAAACCUUCCUGAGCUACAAGGCCCCCUCUUUAUUGUCUUUUUCCUCAACUACAUGGUCACAGCUCUAGGGAACCUCGGUAUUAUCAUUCUAACUACUGUGGAUUCCCACCUACAAACCCCCAUGUACUUUUUCCUCAGGCAUCUGGCAUUUGUUGACCUUGGCUAUUCCACAGCUAUUGGGCCAAAAAUGCUGGUUAGUUUCAUAGAGGAGAAAAAUGUCAUUUCUUAUAACGGAUGUGCAAUACAACUAGUUUUCAUUGGGAUAUUUAUCACAACUGAAAUUUUUAUCCUGUCAGCCAUGGCCUAUGAUCGCUAUGUGGCUAUCUGUAAGCCUCUCCUAUAUAUGGUCAUCAUGUCAGGAAGGGUAUGUUGGAUCUUGGUGGCUAUCUCAUACCUCUAUAGCAUAAUGGUAUGCCUAGUGAUCACAACAAAGAUUUUUGUGUCAUCUUUCUGUAAAUCAAACGUAUUACAAUAUUUCUACUGUGACUGUAUGUUUUUAUUGUCCGUUAUAUGCUCAGACACAAGUGAGGCUGGACUAAUCAUUAUGACCUUUUCUGCAAUUAAUUUGGUUUCUUCCCUCUUGAUUAUCCUUGUCUCCUACAUACUCAUUCUUAUGACCAUCCUCAGGAUGAAUUCAUCUGAGGGCAGGCACAAAGCUUUCUCCACCUGUGGCUCUCAUCUCACAGUGGUCAUUCUAUUCUAUGGGACACUUCUCUUCAUGUACCUGCAGCCCCAGUCUAGCCAUUCCUUUGACACAGACAAGAUGGCCUCUGUCUUUUAUACUCUGGUUAUCCCCAUGCUCAACCCUUUAAUCUACAGUUUAAGGAACAAAGAGGUGAAAUAUGCCUUGAAAAGACUGUUUAAAUAA